AUGCCUCCAAUACUCAAGGGAGAUGUACCCGAAACUUACGUUGUGAUUUUGCCAAAAUGUGUGGAAAAUAGCACUCUGACGGUGUUCCAGUUGCCGCAUCCAUCCAAUAAUCGGUCCAAAAGCCCGGUGCGGUUGUUUAUCCACGAUGGCCUUGUGUACCAAUUGCAGACGCAGAAGUUCAGUCGCGGCUGCCCAUAUAACCGUGCGGAUGAUGAGGUGAAUGAACGGUAUCACUAUACCGCAGACGGGCAGGCGUACAAAUCUGCCAUCUACCUGAACGAGGAGGACCCGUCACAGAGCCUUGUGCUUGAGUCGGGAGAGUUCGACUACCACACAAAGUAUGACCUAGCGUUUAGCCUGUGCCGGUACUACUACCGCAACAACGUGGUGAACACGGAGGCCGAGUGCUUGGAGCCCAGUCGGCAAGCGGUAAGGCCAAGCAGCAACUUUCUGGCUGUACGCGACUUUCACGACGAGCUGGUCAGUGUAGACAAUCCCAACUGGAGCCAUGUGCCGCUGGACGUCUUGGAGGCUGCGCUGCUGCGCGUAUCCGAUGUUGUGGAGGAGGCGGGCGAUCGCUACUUCCGCAUAUCUCCACAGCGCAUCACGCAGUGGCUGUCAACCAAGGUCGAACGCAUGCUUCCCGUGUUUCCGUCGUCGCUGCCACUACCCAGCGGCAUACCGGACGAGUAUUUGCGAGACGUAAAGACAGCGUGGUCGACCAACUUGUUGCUGUCUCUGAUUCCGCAACUCGCAUACUGGGAGUUGCGGAACUAUGAGGGCGAAAACCUCAACAUCAAGCAGGCGUUCGCCCGCCAGGACAAGUACAAGACCGAUGUGCUGGAAAAGCAGAAAGAGAAUGAUAUACUGAUCAAAGGCGCCAUGUCUGUUGGCUUGCAGCAGGACGUGAAAAGAGAAGGCCCACCUCGCCAGACAACUAAUCUGAAGUCGACGGUGAAAAAGAAGGUGGCAACAGGGAAGGGAGCUAUCGACAGCUUCUUCAAGAAGCGCUAG